GCAGUGUCCUGUUGAUCUAGCGGGCCUUUCCAUAGUGUUAAUGCAACUUUCCUUGAACAUCUUCAAGAGAAAAGGCCCCCAAUCUGCUGAUCGAUCCCGCAAAUAUCCUGUCAGCAAUAAAAGUGCACUGUCGCAGCGACCGCUUCCCCACUGAGGCCCCUGAAUUUCCCUGGAACCAUCCGCCAUCAUGGCCGGAUCGUCGCAAACUCUCCAACCAAAUUUACAUGCGCACACCUAGGGCCAGACAAUCGCUGGAGAUUAAUCGCUGCACCAUCGUCAGGAGAUCAUAAACUAUGCACAUAAAUACUGCAGCCAUGGUCUCUCUGCUUUUCUGGCCUGGCACACAGCUAUCUCUUUGCGCAACGAAGAAUGCGGUCGACCCUUCUCCUCUCUCUUGCGGCGACGGCCCUGGCGGCGACUCCGGCGCAGUGGCGAUCCCAGUCGAUAUACUUUUUACUCACCGAUCGUUUCGCCCGCACGGACAAUUCAACGACUGCGGAAUGUGAUACCAGUGUUGGGAGAUACUGUGGUGGUUCGUGGCAGGGCAUCAUCAAUCAGCUGGACUAUAUCCAAGGGAUGGGCUUCACGGCCAUCUGGAUUACGCCGGUGACUGCCCAGGUUGAGGACUCUUCGAGCGGAGAUGCGUAUCAUGGCUACUGGCAACAGGAUAUAUAUUCUCUCAACUCUGAGCUUGGAACAGAGGACGACCUCAAAGCACUUGUGGACGCAUUGCAUGCGCGGGACAUGUACCUGAUGGUUGAUGUCGUUGCCAAUCACAUGGGAUCCAACAGCGCGGCCGAUUCUGUCGACUACAGCGCCUUCAACCCGUUCAACUCGGAAGACUACUUCCACUCUCCGUGCUCCAUUGAUGACUACGACGACCAAACUCAGGUCGAAGAGUGCUGGCUGAGCACAAGUGCUGUCAGUUUGCCAGAUGUCGACACUACCCGGGAUGAUGUGAAGACCAUGUGGUACGACUGGGUCGAAUCUCUCGUAUCAAACUACUCCAUUGAUGGCCUCCGAGUCGACACAGUCAGGCACGUCCAGAAAGACUUUUGGAGAGACUUUAACGAUGCAGCGGGCGUUUACUGCGUCGGCGAAGUUCUCCAAGGUGAUCCAGAGUACACCUGCGCAUACCAGGAGGUUAUGGACGGCGUGCUCAACUACCCAAUUUACUUUCCCCUUCUCAGGGCUUUCAGCUCCACGUCUGGCAGCAUAAGCGAGCUAUACGACAUGAUCAACAACGUCAAAUCCACAUGCGCCGAUUCAACCCUGCUGGGCAACUUCAUCGAGAACCACGACAAUCCGCGAUUCGCCUCGGAAACCGACGACAUGUCCCUCGCCAAAAACGUCGCCGCCUUUCUCAUCUUGUCCGACGGCAUCCCUAUCAUCUACGCCGGCCAAGAGCAGCACUAUGCCGGCGGCGAGGACCCUGAAAACCGCGAGGCAACCUGGCUAUCCGGAUUCGACACAUCAAGCGAGCUGUACAAGCUCAUCGCCUCGUCGAAUGCAGUCCGCAACCAAGCCAUCUUCCAGGAUGACGGCUGGGUUACUUAUAAGAACUACCCAAUUUACCAAGACGACUCAUCUCUAGCGAUGCGCAAGGGCAACAACGGAACACAGGUGGUCACUGUUUUCACGAAUGCCGGGUCCGAAGGCAGCGAGUACACGCUUUCUCUUCCCGAUACGGGAUAUGAGGCCGGGGCUAAGCUAACGGAAGUCCUGUCGUGCACGAACGUCACUGUGUCUGAUAACGGGGAGGUUCCUGUGCCGAUGAACAGCGGGCUGCCGAGGGUAUUUUACCCAGCUGCGAAGUUGCAGGGGAGUGGAAUUUGUCAGUGAUUUGGAUUAAAUGUCCAUUACCUAUAGAAGCGAUGGGAUAUUAUAAAUACCUAUCUAUAUAUAUAUGUAGACUUUAGAUUUUUGGUAUUUUUUUUUUUUUUUGGCUAUUAUUGUGCAAGUAACGAAUAAGUGUUUCCAACUAUCUCUCAAGUUCCAUUCACUAAGUAGGUACCCUUCCUCUAAUUGUAAGAACCCUCAAGUCUCCAAUGAGGAAGCUCGCUUAUGUAGUCUCUCUCCAUCAACAACGCCCGCGCUUAUUUAGCUUCGGUGGUUGGCCGACGCGCCAGCACUUCACUGGAUGAUGCCUUCUUUCAAUC